AUGUCUCAAGAAGAACAACUUGCAAUUCAUCAAUACAAUCAGGGUUUUACCUAUCUGUACGGUUCUUCCGAUACUGAACAAAACUAUUUCAUGGCCUUUGAUUUGCUCUCUCAAUCUGCCUCACAAAAUUACGUACCAGCCAUGAUGGCUCUCGGAAAUAUGUAUCGUGAUGGUUGUCCUGGAUUUCUAGAAUCUAAUGAUGAAAAAGCCUUUGAAUGGUAUGAAAAAUCAGCAGAUUUAGGAGAACAUUAUGGACAAUUGUUUGUUGGUGAUGCUUAUUCAUUUGGAAAGGGAAUAAGAGUUGAUAAGAGUAAGGCUGUUGAGUAUUAUAGCAAAUCAGCUUUGCAGAAUAAUCAAUUUGCUCAAUACACCCUCGGAAUGAUCUAUAAGGAGGGUAAUGGAGUUAGGAUUGAUCUCUCUGCUUCUCUUCAUUGGUUACAGAAAGCAUCAGAACAGGGUAAUGAAGAAGCAACAAGAGAAUUCAAUGAGUUGAGUAAAUUAAUUCCAAAAGCUUGUCCAGCUCCUCCAACCACUACUUUGGAUUUAUGUAUUGGGGAAGGUGGUGCUCAAGUUUCGAUUGCUGAUCAUGAAGAAUAA